UUAAUUGUGCCAAACUUAUCAACAUAUUAUUGUCAUAUGUUCUACUUGUUAUAUUAUUGUAUAAACGAUAAAUCAGUUGAAAUAUAAUUGAAUAGCUAAACAAAAUAAUAUGAAUAUAAAAUAAAAAUCAAUAAAACUUUUUUUUUUUUGUUAUCGCCAAAAAGGUAGAUAAAGCUUAUACAACGUGAACCCUCACUGUCACCUGGCCAUAUGACAUACGCCAUAUUAUUUCCGUCUUCUUACGGUGAAGUUUAACUGGGCGUUGUACAGACUAUUGUUGUUUUUCUGUUUCUUCCACAACUCGGAUUAUAAAUUAUUUUUCGUUGAUUUUGGACUAAAAUGAGUGACGAUGUACCUGAGCUCUUUCGUCCUAGACUCUGUCAUGUCGUUAAAUGGCCAGAGUUUCAAGGCUAUGGGUUUAACUUACAUGCAGAAAAAGGAAAAGCAGGUCAGUUUAUUGGCAAAGUGGACGAACACUCGCCAGCAGAGGCUGCCGGACUAAAAGAAGGUGACCGCAUCGUGGAGGUCAACGGUACAAACAUCGGCAAUGAAAAUCACCAACAAGUUGUGACAAGGAUUAAAUCUGGUGGAGAGGAAACGCAACUGCUCGUUGUAGAUCAGGCUUCUGAUAACUGGUAUAAAGAGCAUAAAAAGGUUGUAAAAGGAGAUUCUCCUGAAGUCAAAUUUAUGAGUGCCAAACGAGACCACCACAUUUCAAUAGGCCUUAGUAAUAAUAAUAGAGAUUCUCUUCAUGAAGAUGCCCCAGGGACUCCCCAGUCAGCUGAUGAACACAUUUCUUUCACUGCUACCAAAUAUGAACAUAAUGGGCAUGAUGAAGACCACAGCAGCCAUAGGCCAAGGUUGUGUCAUAUGAAAACUUGGGCACAUUUUCAGGGAUAUGGUUUCAAUCUUCAUGCUGAGCGCGACAAGCCAGGCCAGUACAUUGGUCUGGUAGAUGAUAACUCUCCUGCUAGUACUGCUGGUUUGCGGGUCAAUGACAGGAUUGUUGAAGUAAAUGGGGUCAAUGUUGAAAAGGAGAGCCAUUCAGAUGUCAUUGCAAGAAUCAAAGCAAUCCCAGGCGAGACCAAGUUACUGGUAGUGGACCGUGAAACAGAUUCCUACUACAAAGAAAGGGGUAUCACAGUUUCUUCCAGCAUGCCACAGACAGAAGUCCAUGUAACACCAGAUGCUUCAAAAGUGACCAACAAUGGCAUUCAGUCACAACCAGUACCUGUUCAUGUUCCAGAGCCAGAACCUGAAUUCACUGUGGCCCACAAGGAACCUGAGUACAAAGAGCAGUACCAUGCACCUCCAGCAGUGACCAAAGGCUCAGACGGGCUUGAGUUGAACCUUUCAGUGGCAGAGAUCAAGGAGAGACUGAAAGCCAAGAAGAAACAAGACCCCAGGAUGAACAAGAUUUCUUUUGAACAGAAGUACAAAGAGUUUCAGAGGAUGUAGCCAGCGUGCCAAUGUUUAUUAGUGUUGUUAUGUUUUAGAUUAAUGUUAAUAGAUUGGAAGCCUGCGAUAAGAAAAUGUUAACAAGUAAAAGCCUCCAAAAGGAAAAAUAAUGUUUACAAAUGGAAGGCUGUCAUUAGUGUCAACAAAUUAAACACAGUUAACUUUUUGAAGAAAAAAAAGGGCCUUCUAGCUAUAUAUGCUACCUGAAAAUGGAAUUGAUUAAAAUCUUACACAUACUCAUCUAAAGCAUUUUUUUUGUGUGAGGUUUUGUAUUUUGUAUCUUUCCUACUUUUAGGUAGUGCAUAAUAUACAGAGUUUUUUUUUUCAGAUUCUUAUAAGAGUUUUAAUUAGCAAGCAUCCUUCAAAUAAGCAGCUCCUAUAUAUACAUUGUUCAUACAAUUAAAUUGGGCAGUUGGAAAAGGGAAAAGUAGUCUAAGUAGCACUAAGGUGUGUGUGUCACUCUUUAUGCAUAUGUUGAUGAGAAGAAGCUAAGUAUGCUCAUACAUUACUAUAAUAAUUAUCAUACUACAAAUAUUUACUGGUAUCUUUACUAGUGCAAGGUUGCUGUCUUUUUAAUGGAAAUACUUUUUUUUUUUUUUUUUCACGAUUGUUCUCUUCAUAUGUAAUUUUUCAUAAUAAUUUUGAUAGUUUCUUUUGUGAAAGUGAUUGCAUUGUAUUGAUUCCUUGGACUGCUGAGGUGUACAUGUUGCUAGGUUUUAAUAUUUCUUGUCUCUCAACCUAGAAUAAAUGGUUAUUGUUGUUCACUUUACAUUCCAUUCACUUCAGGGUUGCCCAUGGGCUGAUUUCUGGGUUGAAACAAAAUCAUUUUGCAUGCCAACUUUUUUCAGGAUGGGUUUUGCUAUUUCAUUCUUGUCAGUUACCAGCUCAGAAAUAUUGAUGUGACUAGAGCCUAAUGUGGCUGUGGGAUAUUUUGUGCCUUGGAAUGGAGCAUUUUUGUUUCAUGUAGAUACAAAGAAGGUUUUUUUAUUUAUGAAUUUCUGGAUGAAUGAAUUUUUAUUGGCAUCUUUAAAAAAAAAACUUGUUUAUUUAUUAUUUUUUUUUGGAAGUUUCUUUACUAACCGGACCAAGGCAGUCUGUUUAAUCUUUGGAGUUGUCUAGUACAUGGUUUUAAUAUUUGUAUAUAUUCACAUAUAUUCAAAACAUUAAUAUUAUAAAUAUAAUAUAUAUAUAUAUAUAUAUUCAGAUUGAAUAAUUUUUUGUUGUUGCUGUUUGAUUAAUCUGAUAUUUUUUUUAAAGAGCAUCAGUGCUUAUAUUUUUCUAUUAUUUAGCUGUUGUAAUUUAGAUGGUUUGUACCUCCCCUCUCCCAUCCUUCCGAUUACUUUUUUUUUUAACAAAAUACUAUUAAAUAAGUUAAACAUAUUAUACAGUCAAAUCAUUACAUCUUUAGUUUAGUUAUUACAAAAUGUAUUCUUCAGUACUGACUGAGCUGUUUUAAGCUGGAAGUUGGUUGUACAAUCACUAACCUUUUAGAUGUGCAUAUGAAUAUACCGGUAUUAAAGAUUUCUUUCUUUUUGAUUUACCUGUAAUGGCCAGAGAAUUGGGUUUUUUUUUUUUUGUGCAGGGCUCUGUAGUGAACUUUUAUAAAUUUAGUCACAUUUUUUUGUAUUCUGAUUUCUUAGGCUGUUAAUUAUUACAUUUUUUUUGUUGGACUUCAUAAUUGUAUAAUGUAAACAUUUGUAAGGAUUUGGACCUCGACAUUUAAUUCAGAUCAAUAAAUCAUUUUACGGUUUCUGAAAUCUGCUUAAGUUUACCUUCUUUAUCUCUGCAAACUUAAAAGUUGUUUUUUAUUUUAUUUUUUAAACACAUUUAGUCAACUGUAAUCUAUGAUUUUUUUUUUAAAGAGAAUUAAAAUUAAGUCCACAGUUACAACAACAUCACAGUAUAGAUAUUUUAUAUUAUUAUGUUUACAACUCAUAUUAUUUAGGGCUGUAUAAUAUUUUCAUGGAAAUAAAUGUCACUAUGCUGUUUGGUUGUUGCGGUAUCGAAUGGUUAUGUUGCAAUAUAAAAAAUGUAUUGUCCUAAUAUUAAACAAAUCAAGUGUCUGGGUUUACAUUGAUAUGCAUACUUUCAUAAUGAGGUAAUUAGUUUUUGUUUAUUAUAAUAACUUGUUAUUGUUUGACUUAAUUCUCCUUUUGCUCACGCACAUAUAACUCCUGUUCCUCCCACUUGUCUUAUGUUAUAAUUUAGAAUAGUUUGGCAUAGAGUUAUUUGUAGCACAUAAUUCUGUAUUUUACUCAGCAGCAUUUAUAGUUUCUCUACCUUUGUGCACAUGUGACCAAAGUUUAUUUCCUUGUUUACAUUCCCAGCUUGAGGGACAUUGGAACUCUUCUUUUUGAAUGGGCUGUAUUUCUACCAAAUGUAGCUCUUUUUUUUUAUUUUGAAUGUUUUCAUCUCAUUCUUGUAUUUGUAUCUCAUAAGUGUACUCACUUGACCUUCUACUUAUCUAGUAAAGCAUUUCUUUUGAUUAUCUUGGAAUUGUACUCUGUUAACCUUCUACUUAUCUAGUAAAAAAAAAUCUUCUACAUAUAUGUAUGACAUUGUGUCCAUCAAAACUUACACAAAAUAUGAAUUAAAUUAAUUUUUAAACAUUUAAAAACAAAAAAA